AUGGUGAUGAGGGCCUUUGUCCUGUUGGCUGUCUUUGCAGAAGCCUCUGCAAGAUCUUGCACUCCGAAUAAAGCAGAUGUCAUUCUUGUGUUUUGUUAUCCCAAAACCAUCAUCACCAAAAUCCCCGAGUGUCCUUACGGCUGGGAAGUGCAUCAGCUGGCGCUUGGCGGGCUGUGUUACAAUGGGGUCCAUGAAGGAGGUUACUAUCAAUUUGUGAUCCCAGAUUUGUCACCUAAAAACAAGUCCUAUUGUGGGACCCAGUCCGAGUACAAGCCCCCCAUCUAUCACUUCUACAGCCACAUCGUUUCCAAUGACAGCACAGUAAUCGUAAAGAACCAGCCCGUGAACUACUCCUUCUCCUGCACCUACCACUCCACCUACUUGGUGAACCAGGCUGCCUUUGACCAGAGAGUGGCCACUGUUCACGUGAAGAACGGGAGCAUGGGCACAUUUGAAAGCCAAUUGUCUCUCAACUUCUACACUAAUGCCAAGUUCUCCACUAAGAAGGAAGCCCCUUUUGUCCUGGAGACAUCUGAAAUCGGUUCAGAUCUGUUUGCGGGAGUAGAAGCCAAGGGGUUGAGCAUUAGGUUUAAAGUGGUUUUGAAUAGCUGCUGGGCCACACCAUCUGCUGAUUUCAUGUAUCCUUUGCAAUGGCAGCUGAUCAAUAAGGGCUGCCCCACAGAUGAAACAGUCCUUGUACAUGAGAAUGGGAAAGAUCACAGAGCCACCUUCCAAUUCAACGCUUUCCGGUUCCAGAACAUCCCCAAACUCUCCAAGGUUUGGUUACACUGUGAGACAUUCAUCUGUGACAGUGAGAAGCUCUCCUGCCCAGUGACUUGUGACAAACGGAAGCGACUCCUUCGGGACCAGACAGGGGGCGUCCUCGUAGUGGAGCUCUCCCUCCGUAGCAGGGGAUUCCCCAGUCUCUAUAGCUUUUCAGACGUCCUCUAUCACCUCAUCGUGAUGCUGGGGAUUUGUGCCGUGUUGUAGGGGAUCGCCAGGCAGGCAGUGGCAUCUCCUCCACCCAACAUCAUCUCCUGUGUCGAUGACAAACUCCCAUUUAUUGUGCUGCCAACAAGAACAAACAGAAGAACAUACCGUUGAGGAGCGGAGAAUAGCACUUUGCCAAUUACGUGUUCCAAUGAUUUUUGCGCCUUUCGGUGAUUGUCUUUGGUGCCCUCCUUCCUCUUGUGACUUCCUGUGGCUCUGAGAUCCUACAGUC